AAAGAAAUAUAUUUUAGUAUAGGAACCUUGUGGUCGACGCCUGCGCACUGAGAGGACUGACCGGCUGUCCCUGUACUGCUCUCACACCUACAGCCACCAGCACAGUCAAGAUGAGCAAACUUAUCGCUAGAAUUCCCGUCAUGGCGAAAUCUGCAGUGGAUGCUGCCACGCCAAAGUUAAAUACUUUCAUGCGUUAUGCCAAAGUUGAAUUGGUGCCUCCCACACCAGCUGAAUUUGGGGGUGUCACUCAGGGCUUUGGUAAUAUCAUUAAGAGUGCUCAGACAGGAGCUUGGAAGCAGUUGACAGUAAAGGAUGCUUGGCGCAAUACCCUGGUGACUGUUGAAGUAAUGUGCUGGUUCUUCAUUGGAGAAUGUAUUGGCAAGGGCACUUUUGUUGGUUACCAAGUCUAGGUAUAAUUUCCUGCCUCAUCUCAAAACUUUGUAAGCUAUGUGGUCCAAGAUGUUUUAGGGACAGCCGUAUGAAUUAAGUUGUACAGAAUGAAGAAAUAAAAAAAUUCUAUUACA